ACUGAACAAAUUAUAAUAUUUUGUUAGGACGUGUUCAUGAACCUGCACAAGGAGCACGGUAAACCGUUGGUGCAGAGGGUUCUGGACCAACUAGUUGCAGAGAACAAGCUCAAGGAGAAGAUUAACGGCAAACAGAAGUGUUAUGUUGCUAAUCAGGAUAAUUUACCGACCUCUAGUGAAAGUGAGCUGGUAGAGCUGGAUCAAGAAUGUGCAAAACUCACACAAACUCUCUCGAAGAAACAGGAACAAUUGAAAAUAAUGGAAGCAGAAGUUCGUAAACUAAAUAGUGUACUUACAACCCAGGAAGCAGAAACCAAACUCAAACAGAUUGAAACAGAGAAUACAGAAAUGAUGGAAAGGCUGGAAAAGUUAGAGAAUCAAACUGUCCUAGUCUCAGCUGAGGAUAAGGAGAGGAUAAGGAAGACACAUGAGCAGUCCAUUAAUCUCUGGAGGAAAAGGAAACGGAUGUGCAUGGAUGCGCUAGAUUCUAUUCUUGAAUCCUGGCCUAAAUCUAAGAAGGAGCUGUUUGAUGAUAUUGGCUUGGAGACCGAUGAUGCUGCUGGAGUAACAUUUCCUAAGAACUGAACAAGUCCGGAUAUAAAGAUCAUCAAACCAAUCUAAAUUUAUCAUUCACAAUUUAAUGGAAUUGAGUCUUUCCCACAAACUCCAUUUUCUAAAUUGGAAAUAUCAUAGGUUUACGCUAUCAGGUCUAAAUUGGAAAUAUCGUAGGUUUACGCCAUCAGGUCUGAAUUGGAAAUAUCAUAGGUUUACGCCAUCAGGUUGAUAAAAUAAAGCAAUAUGAAAAUUUGAGUUUGUGAAAAAGGCUCAAUUCCUUUCUGGAAAAGAAUGACUGAACGAGUGUGAGUCCAGUGUCACCGUGUAACAAGAGGCUGUGAGACAAAUAAUUAAUAUUUCAGA